GCGGGUUGCCGGGGCGACCGUGGGGCACGGCCGGGAGAGCGCCGAGCGGGGCGCGCCGGGGCCUGGCGCGGCAGCUGGCUCGGGAGGGUCCCUGCGCACGGCGCGCCGCAGGGGCGGCCUGGUAGCAGCUGCGUCGUCACCGAGGAGAGCUUCCAGAACGGAGCCGCUGCUCUCGCUCGUCUGUCGCAGCCGCGGGGCCCGUUCCCAUGCUCCCGAAAGGCCGUCCUAGGCUCGGGAAGGCGGUGCGGCGGUACCGGCAGAGCUGCCCUCCCCGGGGAAGCGCCGUUUCUCUCCCGAAUCGCGGAAGAUGAAUGACUGGCAGAAGAAAAGCCCUUUGGACUGGGAAACCUACCUGAACAAAAUGGUGAAAGUUGCUGCAGUUGAGAAACUUGAAUAUGAAGGAUGGGUGGUAACAGUGGAUCCAGUGACUGCCAGUAUUGUCCUUGCAACAUUCCUAGAGGAUGAUGAAGUGUCCAUAUCCGUUGUCCUGGGCCACGCGGUGCAGGAGGUUGUGAUACUGAAAGAAGGGGACGAUGAAAUGAAGCAGCGUCUUUCCAGCAUAUUUGCACCUGAAGAAAGCAAAGCCUACAGCCCAGAGGAACUUGAAAAGAGGAAGAACAGCUUGAAGACUUGGCUAGAAACAAACCACAUCCCUGUGACAGAGCAAAGUGAGUCAGGAGGAAGGCUCUGCGUGGCGGGAGUGCUAACAAUCGACCCACCGUACGGGCCAGAAGAGUGCAGCAGCUCCAAUGAGAUCAUUCUGUCUCGAAUUCAAGGCUUGAUACAGGGCUAUCUGCAAAAGCAACAGUGAUGUUCUCUCUUCACAGCAGCAGGAAUGGCUCUGCCUACCCCGUCUGAGGAACUGCCCUGCCUUUCAAUACUCACUGUUUGCAAAAAUGCUGGGAUUUGGCAUGUUUUUUUUAAAUGAGUUUUGCAAGUUAAGAAAGGAAUAAACUAAAAGCACAAAGCAUUUUCCAGGUCCUAAUGUUUUUGAUUCGAAUCCAAGCCAUUGGAUACUGGUGGUGGAUUAAAUGAUCUGAUACAGUUUGCAGCUUACUCCCUUGGAUGAGUGCAUCAGUAGUGAGUUGAUCUGUCAGUUUAGUAAGUAUUUUUUGGUAAGAGUACUGUAAAACAGGAGGGGAAAUUGAAGAUCUGUUUUCUUCUACCUUUCAAACUGAUUGAAUGUAUUACCUCCUGGUGUAGCACUGUUGUUUGAACUGCUUACCAGAAACUUCCUUUUUUCUUUUGCCUUUAUUUUUGACAGAGAUUUGUGUCACUUGGACUUUCCAGACCAGAUGAAAUAAUUGUUCAGGAACAAUUCUUGGGCUUUUUUUGUCUAUUUGGGGCUUGUUGGGGUUUUGUUUGUUGGUUUGGUUUCUUCUGUUUCAGAACAUGGUCCAAAUUUGGAAAGUUAUUAGGGAAAGUUAGCAGGCAAACAGCAGGUUUUAAGCCCAGAUCUGUUAGUUUGGGGCAGCAGUGAUUGGAAAACCUUUGUUCCUUAGAGAAUUUCUUACAAUUCCAAAAGUUUGGGUUUCUUAGUGCUUUGUCUCUAGCUUCCAGUGAUGCACAAUGCAAAUCCUACUGUGUUUAGAUUAUUAAUGCAGGCAGCAGCCUUUAGAGCCCUCAUUUAAUCUCCUGAUUUGUUUCUUGAGAUAGCACAAAACCAUGUAACUGUGCUCAAAUGCACUUGAAAAGGUUGUCUAACCCUUGUUAAUAAAAGCCCUUCCUCAUUC